AAGCAGUAAGUUCUUAUUUCUUAAGAAUUUGACUGAAAUAAAUGCAAAGGUUAUGUUAUUUAAAGUCCUAUAUUUAAAUAAAAACCGAAAUGACUGUAAAACCGAGAGAGAAAGUAGACGGUGAUGACGAUCCCGUGGAGUCGAUGUUAAAAAAAGCAGGUUGCUUAGAUUUACACUACAAAGUUCAGGAAUGCAUAAAUACUACGAAGGAUUGGAGAAAAUGUCAAACAGAAGUAAAUGAUUUCAAAACAUGUAUCACAAAACACAAAGAUGAAAUUAUUAGAUUAAAAAAUUAAUUUAUUAUUUAUGUUGUUAAAUAUUUGUUUUUUGAGCAAUGUUUGGUAUUAAAUUAGUGAUUUAAAUGUAGAAUGUAUUUUAUU